AUGUCUGAUUUACCAUCUCAAAUGAAUGAUCUCAGCCUGAGCGGCGGAUCCCGUCAAAGAUACGUUCCCCCUCACAGAUCCCGUGAUGGCAGCGACCAUGCAGACCAGUUCGACAACUCCUACGGUGGAUACGGUAGAGGCAGAGGUGGCAAUGGCUACGGCAACAGAGGUGGAAACGGUGGCUCAAGAGGCGGCUACUUUGGAAACAACGGCGGAUACGGCGGCAGAGGCGGCCAAGGCCAAGGCAAAUUCAGCAACGGUGGAAACUACAAGUCUGGUCCAAGACCAGGUGAAGGUAAAUUCGUUGAUGGCGUGCAAGUUCCAGGUGCCAAGGAUGCCAAGCUUGAGGCUGAACUUUUUGGAAGUGCCGAAGAACCAAAGAUGUCUUCUGGUAUUAACUUUGACAACUACGACGACAUCCCAGUCGAGGUCAGUGGUGAUAACGUUCCUGACGCCAUUACUUCCUUCACUUCUCCUCCUUUGGACCCUCUUUUGGUCGAGAACAUCGAGCUGUCCAAGUUCACCAAGCCAACCCCAGUGCAGAAGUACUCCGUUCCAAUCGUGAAUGCCGGUAGAGAUUUGAUGGCUUGUGCCCAGACCGGUUCCGGUAAGACUGGUGGUUUCUUGUUCCCAGUCCUUUCGCAAUCCUUCAUUAGCGGACCAGCCCCAAUUCCAGAGGAGACCAACGUCUUUUCCAGAAGAAGAGCCUACCCAACCGCCUUGGUUUUGGCUCCAACCAGAGAGCUUGUCUUGCAAAUCUACGAAGAGGCCAGAAAGUUUGCCUACAGAUCGUGGAUGAAACCAAGCGUGGUGUACGGUGGUUCCGACAUCAACCAACAGAUCAGAACCCUGCAAAGAGGAUGCGACUUGCUGGUGGCAACCCCAGGUAGAUUGAACGAUUUGCUGGAGAGAGGAAAGAUCUCUUUGAGCAACAUCAAGUUCUUGGUUUUGGACGAAGCCGACAGAAUGUUGGAUAUGGGUUUCGAGCCCCAGAUCAGACACAUCGUCCAGGAGUGUGACAUGCCAGGCGUUGAAGAGCGUCAGACCCUCAUGUUUUCCGCUACCUUCCCAAGAGACAUCCAGAUGUUGGCCAAGGACUUCCUCAAGAACUACCUGUUCUUGGUUGUCGGCCGUGUCGGUUCCACCUCAGAGAACAUCACCCAGAGAGUUCUGGCCGUUGAGGACAUGGACAAGAAGUCUGUUCUUCUAGAUAUUCUGGCAUCCGGAGAGGAUGCUGGUACCGGUUUGACCCUGAUUUUCGUCGAGACCAAGAGAAUGGCCGACAUGCUCUCGGACUUCCUCAUCAACCAGAAUUUCCCAGCCACUUCUAUCCACGGUGACAGAUCCCAAGGCGAGAGAGAAAGAGCCUUGGAUAUGUUUAGAUCCGGUAAGACCCCAAUCUUGGUUGCUACUGCUGUUGCUGCUAGAGGUUUGGAUAUUCCAAACGUUACCCACGUCAUAAACUACGACUUGCCUAACGACAUCGACGACUACGUUCACCGUAUCGGUCGUACCGGUCGUGCUGGUAAUGUCGGUAUUGCUACCGCUUUCGUCAACCGUGGUGGUAACAAGAGCGUUAUCAAGGACUUGAUUGACAUUUUGUCCGAGGCCAACCAGGAGGUUCCAGAUUUCUUGCACUCCAUUGCCAGAGACACCUCUGGUGGAAGAGGCGGCAGAGGCGGCAGAGGCGGAAGAACUCAGACCAGAGACUUCCGUAGAGGUGGAAGCUCCGGUUACGGUGGUGGAUCCAGCGGUGGAUACGGAAACUCCUACGGUGGAUCCAGCGGUGGAUACGGCGGUGCUUCUGCUGGCUACGGCGGAGCUGCCAAGGCCUCCUACGGUCAAAGCUCGUACCAGUCCUACGGUAACCAGAGCGGUGCCUCGUCCCAAUGGUGGUAA